AUGAUGAGUUUGGUGUUGUCCCCAAGCGAAAACUCAAUCGCCCAGCGAGUUUGGAAAUCGCUAAAUCUAUACGUAUCCAUUCCCACCAACCACAAAAACCCCCAAAUCACCCUCAGCUACGAACAAAUGCAAAAGCUUGGCCAUCGGGUACUUAGUAACUGCCAGUCCAACAACGACCAACUCGGGCUUGUGAACCAUUACUUCACCCAUUUGAUUCACAUUCUUACGAUAGUAAUCAAUAACUUACACGAUCCUCAACCGCUGGACUCACAGCUAGUGGCCCGAUUUGCUAAAAUCAACGCCCGAAUCUACGACUUGGACUUGGUCGGGUUCUGUGAGGCGCUUAUCGUGAGCCUUCAUGAACUAGUACCGGUGCUGGUACUGGAAGAAAUUGUGAUGUUGAAAUUCUUGAACCAGCUUCUCACAUAUAUCAACGAGUGCAGCGCUGACCCGGUGCUAGAGUUGGACGACCCGCGGUUGAGUUACAGCGACUCCAACCUCUCGCUGACGUUUUCAUUGGCCCACGAUAUCGACGACGACCAAAUGGACCACAUCAAUGACGUUACCAUUUUGCCCAAUAAAGGCACCACCAGUAAUACCAUUGACAUCGACCUGGUGGAGAAUCUUGACGACCAUGAUAAUGUCACAUCAUCGAUGACUCUGGACAGUACAUCAGACGAGGAUGAAUCCUACGAUUAUCUCAAUUCAUUUUCAUCCAGUGCUACCAAUCUGGAAUCGAAACCACAACGACUCAGUCUACAAAAACUGAGAAAACGCUUGUCAUCCCUCAACUUAUCAAAACCAUCGAGGAGGAGCAGUAUGUCCACCUUGCGGACGGUAUCCACGACGGCCUCCACUGGCACCACCAACAAACAGGACUGUAUAAUUACUUAA